CCGUGCAGCGGCAGCGGGCCGGACGGGAGCAGAAGGGCCGGCCACGGAAGGCUGCUCUCCCCUUGCGCCCGGCGAGCCGGCCAGAGAGCGCGAUCCGGGUGCGGAGCCCCGACGCUGCCCUGCCCUGGAUUUCAUUCCGUGGCUGGGGGCUCGGCGAGUGGAAUUCCGGCGGCUGCCGCGACUCCGAGGCAAGGUGAGGGCAGCAUGAACGAUCCCUGAAUGUUCCUUUGGGUAUAUUUAGCCGCUCGUUUUUGAUUAGGAGAGAGAAGACGGCCAUCCACUGGAAAGGCAAAGCUUCAGUGACUGAAGGAGUUGUGGAUUUUCUGAAUUUCAAGGACAGCAAAGUAGGAGCCUAGCAGAGGGUGUAUAAAAGACGACACGCAGAAAUCAAAUUUUAUUUGCAUUGCUAUGGAUAAGAAUUAUUUGGAACUACUGCCAGUUUUACAGAGUUGUGAAAUAGACAGUCAGUCAAAGAUUGGAAGGAAGAUCAAUGAAGAAAAAUAACAACAUGAUUCCGGUACACCAUUGAGUUCUUCGGGAUGCACAAAAGUGUCUGGUUGGGAAACAUGAAAUAGAAGACAAGACCGCCUCAGGAAGUGUACAUGAGAAUAACUUUAAAGGAACCUAUCGAUGAAUGCAAAACAAUAGCUGUUGGAGGUGAUGGAAAUGUACCGGAACAACGGGAGAAGCCGAUAACUGAUAGGAAGCCAGGAUGACAAGAAUUUUUUUAAAUAAUCAAAGGAAGAAUCUUGCUCAAAAAUGAGGUGAAUGAACGCCCAGGCCCUCAAGAAUCCUGGUCAGCUACAUGAGGUGUUUAAAAACUGCCCUGACCAUCUUGCCACACAAGUCUCUGUCAUGAGGCCUGACAGGAUGAACAUGUUGCAAUGGGACAGUGUCCUGCUCUGUAGGAACGGUUGCUGCUGACCUGCCGAGAGCAAGCUGGGGACUGCAUGUUGUCUGCCAGUACAAUGAAGGAAGUGGUUUAUUGGUCACCCAAGAAGGUGGCAGACUGGCUGCUGGAGAAUGCUAUGCCAGAAUACUGUGAGCCUCUGGAACAUUUCACAGGCCGGGACUUGAUCAACCUAACCCAAGAGGAUUUCACAAAACCCCCCUUGUGCCGAGUCUCCUCCGACAACGGUCAGCGGUUAUUAGACAUGAUAGAGACCCUGAAAAUGGAGCACCACAUGGAAGCACACAAGAACGGCCACGCCAACGGGCACCUCAGCAUUGGCACAGACGUCCUCACUCCCGAUGGCAGCUUCAGCAUCAAGGUCAAACCCAACGGGAUGCCAAAUGGGUUUAGGAAGGAGAUGAUAAAGAUCCCCAUGCCGGAACCGGAACGCUCCCAGUACCCCAUGGAGUGGGGCAAGACUUUUCUGGCCUUUCUUUAUGCACUUUCCUGUUUUGUUCUCACCACAGUGAUGAUCUCGGUCGUCCAUGAACGAGUGCCUCCUAAGGAGGUGCAGCCACCACUACCGGACACGUUUUUUGACCAUUUUAACCGGGUGCAGUGGGCCUUUUCUAUUUGUGAAAUUAAUGGCAUGAUCCUUGUAGGACUCUGGCUAAUUCAGUGGCUGCUCUUAAAAUAUAAGUCUAUUAUUAGCAGAAGAUUUUUCUGCAUAGUUGGCACGCUGUACCUGUAUCGGUGUAUUACAAUGUAUGUAACUACACUCCCAGUACCUGGUAUGCAUUUCAACUGCUCUCCGAAGCUUUUUGGAGACUGGGAAGCCCAACUGCGGAGAAUAAUGAAGCUCAUUGCUGGCGGCGGCCUGUCCAUCACCGGCUCUCACAACAUGUGUGGGGACUAUCUGUACAGCGGCCACACAGUCAUGCUCACACUCACCUACUUAUUUAUCAAAGAAUAUUCCCCUCGACGACUCUGGUGGUAUCACUGGAUUUGCUGGCUUCUCAGCGUGGUUGGAAUCUUCUGUAUUCUCUUAGCGCAUGACCACUACACUGUGGACGUGGUGGUGGCGUAUUACAUCACCACGAGACUCUUCUGGUGGUACCACACUAUGGCCAAUCAGCAAGUGCUAAAAGAAGCUUCCCAGAUGAACCUCCUGGCCAGGGUGUGGUGGUACAGGCCAUUUCAGUACUUUGAAAAGAAUGUCCAAGGAAUCGUACCUCGAUCUUACCAUUGGCCCUUCCCCUGGCCAGUAGUGCACCUUGGUAGGCAAGUUAAAUACAGCCGGUUGGUGAAUGACACAUAACAGCUGUACAAAGUGGGGGAAAGAGGAACUGUCCCAAGUGCUAAGAACUCCAUGAGAGAAGAUGCCAUAAAAUAAACACCUCCCUAAUCCUAUUAUCUUUCAGCGGUUACCUUGACUUAACCUAUUGAGUUACCUGGUCAGCACUGUGAUCUUUUUUUCUCUCCAAAGGACCUGCGUUGGACAACAAUAAAGAAAAUUUAACCUAUCAUGCACUGUAUACAUUUCCUGUUCAUAAGUUUGGGAUUUACAUAACCCGCAGCCACCAUGUUCCUUUGUAUAUGAUGCAACAGCAUAAAUGUAAGCUUUUAUAUCAUAAGUUCUGGUCUUUCCAGUCACAUCUGGAAAUAAGCGUAUUAUUUUCUUGGGAAAACAUACUUUUCAUAUCUCUUGCCCCAAAGAUUGGGCUGUAAGCCAUUUUCUAGCAAAUGUCUCUAUGAAGGUUUCUAAGUACCUGAAUGGGGUUCGAUUCUGAAAUCUUUCUACUUGUUGCACCGAUAUUCAAAUAAAAAUGACAGACACAGAAAGGUUUGGUAACUUUGGGUUUUGUAAAAUCAGCAGAGACAGUGUGUCAAAAAGUGCAAAAAAAAAAAAAAGAUUCUGUUAUAAAGUGAUUUUCUAAGUAUUUCCUAGCUUUAUUUUUCAAAAUGAUGUUAUGAAAACCAAAUUUGAAGAUUUUUACAUGUCAAAGAGAAGAGGGUUAAAAUUUAAAAAUGCUUCUUGGGAGAGAAAUUUGUCUAUGUUUCUAGUGCCUUUCUUGUCUUGAUUGUAUGGUCAGUAGGCAAUCUUAAAUGUUUUUAUUUAAAAUAAAGUAUUCCAUGAAAAUAUAACUGUAUGUAUACACUACUAAAUUUUGCAUUUAUAGCUAAAUUAAAUCAGAAGACUGCUUAUGGUUUUUAAAUUGCUCUGAAUUAAAGAAUGAGAGAGUUAAUUAGAAAGUCAGAGCCUGUUCCCAUAUUGUGAGCAGGUGGCAAUGACAUGUACCACUUAAAUUAUUUUAUCUAUUUGGUAGUUCGAUUUUAUCUAUACAAUGAAAACAGCCAUGAAGACUUUUUUUUUUAAAAGAGAGUUUUGAAAAUGAUCACUUAACUAAAACUUGAAAGCUAUAAAUUAGUUAUCCAUACUCUCAUGACAGUUUUGUUGGUGAACAACAAAAAGAGAUCUAUUUCUUUAAAAUAUAUUUGUGCAGAAACUGCAUGUAAUUCUAAGUUUUACUCCUAACAUAAGUAUGUUUGGGGAAGUAUUCUAUUCUAUACUUGCCAAUGUGGAGAACAAAAUAGUUUUUUAAGAAUGAAGAAGUAUAUAUAUCCAUUCUGUAUUUUACGUGCAGCAGAAUUAUCUUCCGUAGGGUUUUUUUGUGUAUUCACAAGGUGAUAUUUGUAUUGUACAACAAUAAUGGUGAAGGAAAUAAAAAGGCUUUUAAAAUUUUGUUUGUUUUAAAUCUUUGUAAAGUUACUAUUCCAGAGAGUAUACUGAUAUCUUAACAGCUUACCUAGAUCAUAAAUUAAUCAAAAUGCACUUUUUAAUAAAAACUGAUACUUAAAAUAAA